GUUUCUUCAUAUUAGUGCGUCUUACUAGCUGCUAUAGGCAACUUUUGCAUCCUAACGCUGCAGAGGGAGGCGGGAGAGGGGAAUUUGGAAUACUUGCGCUGAUUGAUGGAAUGGAAAGGAGAUAGGCUCUGCAUCUUCUGUAUGAAUUAUUGCGAGAAGAGGUUGCUAGGGCACGACAGAAGAAGGCGGAAAUGAAGGUUGAUUUGGGAGGGGGGAAGUCGGACGGGAUGAAUUGAGCGCAGGGAAGAAGGCCGAGGAGAAAGUGUAUAAAAGCUGCAUGUUUUGCAGCGCAGCGCAGGAUGCUUGGUUCUAUACGCUCACUCGGUGGCUUUUCCACCGCUGUUCCUGAAGUGCUUCACAGGUUCUUUUCCGCACUGAGCACACCUAGUGCAAGGAGGCUCUUGGUCGUCUUACAUCAUGCGUCCUGCCAAAGCACUGCUCUUACUUUCUGCUCUCCUACAUGGUGGUUAUGCUAGGCCAGCAGCGUCAUGCGAGAAAGCUAUCUAUCUGCAGACGAAUGCCGUGGAGGGGAAUAGCAUUGUCGCGUUGCUGAUUGGGAGUGAUGGGGUGCUUGGAGCAGGGGCCGUGUAUCCGACUAUGGGGAAGGGAGGGAGCCGCCUCGACGUGAUGACUAUGCAGCCAGCCUCUCCUGACGCCCUCCUCUCCCAAUCGGCCAUCGCCGUCGUUGGUAAUAACCUCUUCGUCAUCAAUGCUAUGUCCAAUACCGCGUCUAUGUUCCGCAUCAACACCUCCAAUGCUACCGACCUGCACUACAUCAACUCGUCCCCCAUCACGGGCGGCGACUUCCCCAACACCAUCGCCGUGAGCGCGAAGCAUAAGCUUGUUUGUGUGGCUACAACGGGGAAGGCUAAUGGCGUGUCCUGCGCGACUUUCGACCGGAACGGUCUCGGCACCUUUGACUCCCUUCGUCCUCUCGGGCUGACGCAGUCCACCCCACCCACCGGUCCACCAAACACGGUGUCUCAAGUAUCCUUUACCGAGGAUGAGGAGUUCCUCGCUGUGACUGUGAAGGCUGAUCCACCGACCAACAAGCCUGGGUUCGUCGCCGUCUACCAAGUGCGCGGCAAGAAGCUUGCCCGCGAAGCCGUCCGGUCUUCUCCCGCAGACACUGCUAUUCUCUUCGGCUUCAACCAGAUCCCGCGGACAGAUAAGUUUAUCGUCACCGACCCCUCAAUCGGGGCAGCCAUCCUCUCGCUCGACACACAAUCCUGCGACGUCACCACCGUUCAACCGAUCAACAUCACCGGCCAACUGGCAACCUGCUGGUCGGUCAUCUCGCCCGCGACCGGCACCGCAUUCGUUUCCGACGGCGCCGUGAACCGGCUCGUAGAGAUCAGCGUUCCCAAGGGGGAUAUUGUGAGCGUGACGGAUCUGAGUGCGAAUGGCGACCCGGGAUUGUUUGAUAUGGUAGCCAGUGGAGAGUUUGUGUAUGCGCUGAGUCCGGCGACGAGCGCGGUGACGGUGGUUAAUGCGAAGAGUAAGAAGAUGGUGCAGCAUGUGACGUUGGGGAGCUUGGGGAUUGGAGCGUAUGCUCAGGGGAUGGCGUUGUUUGAGGGCUGA